UUCAAUUUUGACAGCGAUUUGCUUUGAACUAGCUUGUGAACAUUUUAGACUAGAAAUAUUAAACUAAAAACAUCCCAUACAGUAAAUAAAAAUGUUAGCUACAACAAGUAGUGCAGCAGCCUCUGCUUCCGGCAUUCCAGACAAAGCAUGGCAACCACAUUUUGUAACACUCGAAACAACCAUGGGCGAAAUCACGGUCGAGCUUUAUUGGAAACAUGCGCCCAAUACCUGCCGAAAUUUCGCUGAAUUGUCACGUCGUGGUUACUAUAACAAUGUAGUUUUCCAUCGUAUUAUCCGUGACUUUAUGAUACAAGGAGGCGAUCCAACUGGUACUGGACGUGGCGGUACUUCAAUUUAUGGCAACGAAUUCCCCGAUGAAAUUCACUCAGAUCUUAAACAUACCGGUGCGGGCAUAUUAUCAAUGGCAAACUCUGGGCCCGACACAAAUGGUUCGCAAUUCUUCAUCACAUUAGCGCCAACGCAAUGGCUGGACGGAAAACACACAAUAUUUGGACGGGUGUAUUCAGGAAUGCAGGUUGUGAAACGUAUUGGCCUUGCGGAAACUGAUAAAAAUGAUCGCCCUGUAGAUAGUGUGCGAAUAGUAAAAGCAAAAGUAGAAAAAUACUGAUUGUGCAUACAACUAUUCUAUAUUCUAUACAGUUAUGUACUAAGGAUAUUCAUUUUUAUAAUAACUUUAAUAACAUGUUAAUAAUA